AUGCUUCAUCAGUUUUGGGUUUUGGCAGCUGCCUUUACACUAUCGUCAUCAGCAUUUGCUGAUGACUAUGAAUCAUCCACUACGCGAACUUUAUUCCCCACCAAUAUCAGCGGUAUUGAUCCAAUUGCUAAACAAAGAGAUGUUUUGUAUACUGAACCAGAGGAAAACACCAUCACUGUUGGCGAAGUUUACCAAAAUGUGGCUGCUGUUUCUGUAGCCUCUUCCACGAAACCCACCCGUGUUUCUGCUACUAGCGUUCAGGUGACUUCACUUGGUACUUCCACCGUAAUAAUUGACCUGUCAAAAGAGGCAACUAGUGUUUACGAAGUUUCCCCAUCGCAAGAGUCUGCUAUCGUUUCAAGCGUCACUCAGCCCGAAGAGUCAACCAUUGUUUCUGAUGUUUCUGAUGUUUCUGAAGACGCGACAUACUUUUCAUCUACCAGCAACAACGUUACUUCACAAAUACCGGUUACUGAAAAAUAUACGGAAACAAAACCUACGUCCACAUCUGUGAUCUUUUCUACUUCAACCACAGCUGAUCCUUCUGUAACCAAAGGUACAACACUUACUACCAUUGAGUCGAAAUCUCAACCUCUAGUUACUCAAUCUAUGGUCUCAUCGGAGCAAACAGUAACCCUUGAAACCAGCACUCUAUCAUCGGACCAAACUUUCAGUCCUACGGGAAUCACUACCACAGAAACAACCUCUCUCUCCACCUACACAUCGACUGUUACUUCUACUUUUGUUUCCAGCUCGUAUUCAAUGGUGUCCUCUUUCUAUGGAAAUACAACGAUGCUUUCUUACACAGCUAUUCCAGUUAACUACACGACAACGCAAAAAUUCACCUCCACGUCAGUUACCCAAGUUCCAACUGCGGUUCUAACCGAUUCUUCUACAAUCGUCGACCUUUUCGCCGCAGUUGCCACAAGUGAGCCAUUAUCGGUUUUCGCCCGUGUGGAAAACCCAUUGGAUCUGGCAGCUGGUGUUGAUAACGGUGGCUUACCUUAUGAAACCAACAAGUUCUACGGUAACUUCAUCGUGGGAACUCAAGAAUCAAGUGUCUUUGUUUACCCAUAUGUUCUUUUCAAGACUUCCCUAGGUAUUGCUAUUCAGCACACCAGCGCUUCUCAAUAUAGCUUUACUGACAGAAACUCUUUAAUUAACCCAUUGAACAUCGCCUCUUUCGUUGUUUCUAGCGCAGAAUUCCAGUCUGAUUCUGGUGACAUGAACUUUAAAGUGAGUGAUAUGUACCACGGCAGUUGUAAUGUCAAGUUAGUAUCCUCCGAAGAUGCCUCCAACUACAUCGAAACUCCUCUUGUUCAAGGUAUGGGGUUCGUUACUUCUGUAUUCCAUGGUGAUUUGACCCCAUACCUGACAUCGGCUGUGGGUAUCUCCACUUUGACCCAGGAAACUUCUGACAAUUUGGCUAGUGGCAUUUUGAAAUACCGCGUAACACUAUUGAAUGGUGUCGAUUGGUUAAUCUAUGUUACUGUUCCAGAUUCCAUUUCUUCUGAUGAACUUACAUUAAGUAUUGAAAAUGGUAACAUUGCCUUCAGCACAAAUGACGGUAGCUCAAUUGAUGGUCUAAUUGUUCAAAUUGCCGAGGCUCCAUCUGCUUCAGACUCAGAAACAUACUACGACUCUGCAGCUGGUAUGUACUUCACCAGUAUGGAAUUAGCAGGUACAAGUGAUGGUAAUACCGCUGGCUACAAAUUUGUGUAUGGCACCGAAGGUAAAUCCAUUAGUGGCGCUACGAUGCUAUUUACCUUGCCACAUCAUCUAAACUCUUUAACUGAAACUACUAUGGCUGCUAACACUGGUAUUCAGCUCGACUCCACCACCAAGGGUAAAAUGACAGGAUUUUUGACUACCUCCCUAGAGUUCCAAACUCAAUUGAAUGCUAAUGUCAACUGGCUACCAUGGUCAGAACAAAAGGGCGAUGAUCAAUUGGUCUACACAAGUGAACAGCUACAAUUAUUGGCAAAGGUCGCUAAUGAAGAGUUACAGGUUAGCAUUAAAGAUUCUAUUCAGGGCUUAAACACAUAUUACAUCGGUAAAGUCUUGGACAAAUAUGCUUUCAUCUUGUUGACUUUGAGUGAUAUUAUUCAAGAUGAAACUGUAACAUUGGAAACCUUGACCUCAAUGAAGGAGGCGUUCGCGUUACUUGUUGCUAAUCAACAAUUGUACCCAUUGGACUACGACACCAAAUAUGGUGGUAUCAUCUCCAGUGGAGAUUUAGGAUCUACUGAAACACAGUAUGACUUCGGUAAUACAUAUUACAAUGAUCAUCAUUUCCAUUAUGGUUAUAUCAUCCAUGCAGCAGCAGUGGUUGCUCAUGUGGACAAAAAAUAUGCCGCUGGUGACUGGGUUGAAGCAAAUAAGGACUGGGUUUCAGCUUUGAUUCGUGAUGUUUGCAAUCCAUCUUUAGAUGACUCAUACUUCCCACAAUUUAGAAUGUUCGACUGGUUCCACGGCCACUCAUGGGCCGCAGGUUUGUUUGAAAAUGGUAACGGUAAAAACGAAGAAUCUUCAAGUGAAGAUUAUCAUUUCGCUUAUGGUAUGAAAUUAUGGGGUGAAGUUACCGAAAACGAUUCCAUGAACAGAUUAGGUUCUCUGAUGUUGAACGUGCUAAGAGACAGUAUGCAGGACUACUUUUUAUACGAGGACUCUAACACUGUCGAACCAGGCCAAACUGUUUCUAACAAGGUUAGUGGUAUCUUAUUCGACAACAUCAUCGAUUACACCACCUAUUUCGGCUUGAACACAGAGUACAUCCAUGGGAUUCAAAUGUUGCCAUUGACUGCAGCCUCCGGACUGAUUAGAUCAACAAAAUUCGUACAACAAGAGUGGGAACAGAAAUUAGGACCCAUCAUUGAUAGCGUACAAUCCGGAUGGACAGGUAUACUAAGGUUGAAUCAAGCAUUGUAUGACGCUGCUACAUCAUAUGAGUUUUUCGCUCAAGACGAUUUCCAAACGUCAUUAUACCUUGAUAACGGUAUGAGUAGGACUUGGGCAUUGGCAUUCGCAGGCGGAUUACAAUAA